GCCAUAGUGCUCCACAUCCAGUCAAUGGGCUGGUUAGGACGCGUGUGACAUUGAAGGCUUAAAGCUCGCGUUGGACACUGUCGACCACUUGUCAAGAGCGAAAUUAAUUUGUCAGAAACCAAGGAACCGACAGUCGAUCAGCAACACACCAAAGGAAGAUGAAUCCAAAGGACGACAAGAGCAGCGGAUCGUGCGGCAGCCCUGUUUUUGUGCACAACCCACAUCUGGAAGAAAUGAAAGAAGACAUCCUCUACCACUUUGGUUUUGGAACCGGAACUCACAACCUACCAGCUAUGUUUGGUGAUGUCAAAUUUGUGUGCGUUGGGGGCAGUUCUUGGAGAAUGAAAUCCUUCAUUGAGUACAUUGCUGCUGAGCUCAGUAUGGAAGACCCCAAAUCAGAGUACCCAAACAUCUGUGCUGGAACGGACCGCUAUGCUAUGUACAAAGUUGGCCCUGUACUGUCUGUCAGUCAUGGGAUGGGAAUCCCAUCUAUCGCCAUAAUGUUGCAUGAGCUAAUAAAGCUCCUCCAUCACGCUCAUUGCACAGAUGUUACAAUUGUUCGCCUUGGAACGUCAGGUGGAUUAGGGCUCGAGCCUGGCACAGUUGUUGUCACCAAGCAGCCUAUGGAUGCCAACUUCCUGCCCAAGUUUGAGCAGGUGAUCCUGGGGAAGACGGUGGUGCGCAACACUGAUCUCGACCAAAGCCUGGCUGCGGAGCUGUUGCAGUGCAGCAAGGAGCUGAACCAGUUUCAGACAGUGAUAGGCAACACCAUGUGUACACUGGAUUUCUAUGAAGGCCAAGCCCGUUUGGAUGGUGCCUUCUGCUCCUACACCGAAAAAGAUAAACAGGAUUACCUCAAAAAAGCCAGGGAAGCAGGAGUCUGCAAUAUUGAAAUGGAGUCAACCGUUUUUGCUGCUAUGUGCAAGCCGAGUGGUCUGCGAGCUGCUGUGGUGUGCGUGACACUACUGGAUCGGCUGAACGGGGAUCAGCUGGACGUCUCUCAUGAAGUUCUUCACAGUUACCAAGAACGUCCCCAGAUACUGGUUGGCUACUAUAUUAAGAAGCAGUUGAAGAAAAACAGCAGUUCAUAGCUAACUGCAACAGCUAUUACAUUGUUGUGCAAGCAUACAUCAAAUGUUUUCCUACUGAUCAAUAGCCAUACAUUUUAAGAGUCACUGAAUUUUUUAAUUAUGUACUGACUUGUAUUUCUUCUUUGGCACUCUCUUAAUUCAUUUCUAUAUCGUAUCGGCUUUGCCCUCUAAGAGCUGUCACUAUUGGGUUUAUCCCUGCAUGCAUGCACAGGAGUCUGCUGGCUCCCUCUGCUGGCUCAGCUCCCUCCUACCAGUUGGGAGCGCUGGAGGCUGAUGAUGAUGCAGGUUUUUCUCCAUCCCCAUCGUGGCCAGGAGCCCCGAUGUAGCUCCACACCAUCGUGGUGUCCAGCCACCCCACAAACAAUAGCAUCAGUGGCAAUGGCAGGAUACGGGGAACAUGUGUCUCAUUCCAGCUGAGCAACAGAAAGCCAAUCGCCCUUUUUAGGGUCACCCACUUUUCUACUCAAGAGCAGUUUCCUGUUAGUCUGCUUAUGCUCCCACUGAGCAGUUUUCAGCUUCACAAUACACAUUCCCUUCACAAAACAGAAGCUUGACACUGCACAUGCAGCAGCAGGCACAGCCUAGUCACUUACAAGUAACGGUCCUAUUUUAAAAUGUGCAUUACUGACCUUAAAGAAUUAUCAACCACCUCCCACCCACCUCGCCCCGCAGGGAUAAACCCAAUAACAGCAUCUCUUUGACAGCUACACCUAUGCUCAUAAUUUAGAGUUAUAAGGCACCAUUUCUCUGUUUUUAAUCAUCAAAUAUGUCUUUUUUUAAUGCUGCAUUUUUUAUACAAUAUGUAAAGCUUUUUAUCCAUAACACCUGAAUCACUUCAGGACUUUUGGCAAGUCUGCUUACAAUGGUAUUGUAACAAAAUGACCUCAAACUGUCAUUAAAGAAGUGUUUCACGAAAAAAAAAA